GUUUGCAUCGCGAAACAUUCUCUGGCGCGCUCGGAGUGACUCAGGAUCGAACAAUACCGUGCUAGAAGUUCAUGAAGCGCAAAUCAGCCGCUCUCGUGGAUUAUGCCGGCUCCGACGACAAUUCCUCGGACUCAUCCUCAGAUGAAAAGCCACAUACAAGGAAAAAGACUCGAGCUUCCUCUACCCACGAACCAUCUUCCUCUACUUCCCCACCAUUUGCCACCCAACCUACAUCACGUCCUCGCAAACUCCCCUACCUCGCCCCCUCCAUAACAGGGCCCGUGCACGUCGACAAUCCCGCUCUCCAUCAAGGCCGCAUACGCUCCGUGCCGCACGUCGACGGCCAGUGGGCCUGCCAUGUGUAUGUUCCUGUCACUCUGAAGCCGCGAAGCGCCCUGCGCGACGUCCUGGAAGACGCAAUACAAAGAGCGAAGGUUGGCGUGCAAGAGAGCAUGGAUUUACCUGCACAAGAGACGUCGGGAAUGUCUGCAUUCCACACGUUCUGGGAUGCCGAGACGCCCAGGCCGGAGCUUCACAUCUCGCUCUCCCGGCCCAUUUUCCUGCGCGCGCAUCAGCGCGAGGACCUGAAGCGCGCGGUAAAAAGAGUGGCGCGGGAAACGCAAGGGUUCAGCACGUCUUUCACCUCCUUUUCUGUUCUGACAAACGACGAGAAUACGCGCGCCUUCCUCACUGUUGAUGUGGGCGCAGGACAUCCAGAGCUCGCCGCAAUGACGUCUAAACUCACCCCUUUCCUCCGCUCUGUACGUCAGCAAGAGUAUUACUCUUGCCCCAAGUAUCAUGCGUCUAUUGGCUGGACACUGCUGAGCCCUAAGUACGCCACAAGCACUUCAGCAGUGGACGGCGAGAAUGAUGCCACUGUAUCAGCAAAUGCUGCUGAAACGUCUGCUAUCCCCGCAACCUCCAUCGACACCACCUUUGCCAGCAUACCCGCAUUUCCAGAAGGGGUGGUUGAUGGCUUGAACAAGACUUAUGGAUCACGAAUAGUGAAGGUAGGAUUGGUGGAGGUUGGGAGGGUCUCGGUGCGGAUCGGGAAGGAGGUGUCUUCGUGGGCGUUGGGCAGUUGAAGCUAUACAUUACUCUGCUAUGUUACUAGCGACUAGACCUACUCUAGGUUUAUUGGGCAUGAUAAAGCGAACACUGCUCAUGGC